AUGGUCACCAAGUGGAACCGAGAAACAUUUGGAAACAUCUUCUACCAAAAGAGAAGAAUCAUAGCAAGAAUUUCUAGAAUCCAUAGAUCUCCUAACUACCAGUUCAGUAAUUACAUGUUACAUAUUGAGAUUAAUUUGACUACUGAGCUUAACUUAAUCCUAAAAAAUGAAGAGGAUUUCUGGAAGCUCAAAUCUAAGAUAAAUUGGCUUAACGAGGGUGAUGCUAGCACUAGAUUCUUUCACACCUCCACCCUCAAUAGAAGAAGAAGGAACAGAAUCCUCUCUCUUAAAGAAGAGAAUGGAAACUGGCUCCAUGACCAGAAGGAUAUCCAAGCAACCAUAUUGGGCUUCUUCACUGAUCUAUAUACCACAUCCCACUCCCAAGCCCUUUGGGCUUUCACCAACCACUCCACUAUGUCUCCUAUUUUGUCUGAAGGCCAAAAAGCUUUCUUGGACAAACCUCUUGAAUUGAGUGAGAUAAAAAGGGCAGUAUUCUCCUACAAACCCUUUAAAUCUCCUAGCCCUGAUGGCCUCCACCCCUUCUUCUACCAAAGAUACUGGGACAUAGUUGGUGACUCUGUCACAAACUUCUAUAAAAAAAUGCUUCUCUUCAAGUUCUAUGGGUAA